GCAACUCCCCAAGCAUUUAUUUGUCUCCACACACUCCUCCUCACAAUUUGCUUCCCAGCCGGCCAUGGCCACGACUGCACCAACUUUUCUUCCUACCUUCCUCCGGAGCUCGAAAAGUGCAGUCCCAAGGUCUCGGCGGGCGGGGGUGUUUGCGAUUGGGAGCUCCGUCGAUGCGAACCGGCGGCGGAAAGAGAGGGCGGCGGGCGUGGACACCAGAAUUCACUGGGACAGCCCUGAUGAGGGCUGGGUUGGAGGAAAAUCCAGCAGUUCCUUUGGCUCUGUGUUUGACGCUGACAAGGAGGAGAAUUUUGGAGAAAAUCUGCCGGACAUUAUCAAGAACGCCACCGGCACACAUUAUGAGUUCUUAGGGGUAUCUGCAGAAGCUGACAUGGAAGAGAUCAAGGCGGCGUAUCGAAGAUUGUCGAAGGAAUACCAUCCUGACACGACGCUUCUCCCGCUAAAGGCGGCUUCCGACAAGUUUGUGCGCUUGCGAAAGGCCUACGAUGUAUUGAGCGACGAAAAGCGGCGGCGCUUUUACGACCGGGACUUGGUGGAGGAGGCGGCAAGCCGCCAGGCGGAGAGAAUGAGGUUGAGGCUUGAAGAUCCUUAUGAGCAAGAUGUGAGGAACUGGGAGCCAGUGCCAGACAUGGUUGAUAGACUUGGUGGGAAGAACAUGGAGCUCAGUGAUCAGACUCUCACUGCUCUCACAUUUGAUAUUGUAGCUGUUAUAGUCUCCGUUUGUUGCAUAGCAUAUGCACUAUUCUUUAAAGAAGCCAGUUAGGUAAAUGUUCCCUAGUUACUUAAUCAAAAUCAUAUGAUUAUGUCAAUUCGUAAAAAAACAUUAAAUGAAAUUCCAAUGGCAAAUGCGCCUUUCUUCUCUAUAUGUUUGGAGAUUACAUUGUGGAAAUUUUCAAAACCAUAAAAAAGCUAAUAGACGUG